CUGAACAGCGUGGAAAUAGUGGCCCUAGACAUGAAGGCCAGCGGCAGCUUCGGUUUACUCCUGCUGAUAGCUGCAGUCAACGUCGCCCGCUCGCCCGAGAUGAAGUACGCUAUCGCGCACAUCUGCGUAGAAGACGCGGCGAAUCCCCGCGUGACGUCACUUGUCCCCCUCCGCAGCUGGACGCGCGAAGAUGUGGACGAACCACCGAAGUUCUUGCCUCUUGGACCGCGAGCGUUGCUCUACAACAGCAAAUACAUCACUGAGGUUUCCAGUACAGUGCCAAACGACAAAGUGGACUACAUAGACGUGGCGUCUGAAGGCGACAGGAUCCUGGGCGCAGAGCUGUGCAACGGUGUUCCUCUGUUAUUCAGCAAGAAACACGGCGUUUUGGUCCUCACCACUGCAGAGAGUCUGGCUCCAACACCAUCCAUGUGUGAUAGUCCAAUGGAAUCUCCGUGUCCGUCGGACAUGUACGAUGGAAACUUGUCUCUAUACGAAAUUGAUCCGAAUGAGGUGAGCACGGUGACGUUCGACGCGUGCGGCAAGCUGAAGACGGCGUUCCUGUUCCACCUGCGGCGCGACGCGCUGCUGUGCCGCAGCCUGGUGGAGGAGCUGUUCCCGCCCCCCGCGCCCGCCCCCGGGUCCGGCCCCGCCCCCGACGAGCGCGACGUGGACGCGGCGCUGGACCGCACCGUGCUGCGCAUCGCCACGGACCUGCUGGACGACAUGCCCGCCGGGGACCCCAGAUGGAAGCAGCGUCCCAGCGGUCCGUACACGAAUAUAGCCCUGGGCAGCUCAGCGGCUCUGCAGAUCGCAGCGCAGCUGAGAGAUAAGCAACGGGCCUUCUCGCUCUUCGUCGACUUCCUCAGGGCUACGGGACUGUGGCAACGCUUGGGCCUCGUUAGUAGGGAGUCCGGCGGCGGCUGCGUGAGCACGCAGUGCGCGCUGAGCUCGCUCGCCGAGCAGCUCGCCAUCGCGCUGACGCUGCGCCGCCUGCAGCAGGGCGCCGACGCGCAGCUCAUCGACGCCGCCAUCUAUCAGGUGGUGUGCGGCGAGACCCCCGAGGUGGAGGAGGAGCCCGAGGUGGAGGCGGCCCUGUCCUCGGGCGCGCUGUCGCCGGCCGACGUGUGCUUCCGGCGCGUGUCGAAGGUGGCGCGGGUGCUGCGCGCGCUGGCCCGCCUGCAGCACGCCGCCGCGCACGCCGACGCCCGCGCCGCCGCCGGCCACGCCACGGCCACCCUCAGCAUCCUCACGAGCGUGUUAACGGAAGUGCAGAAGGUCCGUUCGCAAUGGCAGACGCACACCGUGCCGCCGCAGCUCGGCCCCAGAGCCCUGCUGCCCGCCCUGGCGGACCUGCACAAGCGGGCUAUCACGCAGUGCGCGCGCAACUGCCCGUCGGCGCCGCUGCGCGCGCAGCUGCUGGAGGCGGCGGCGGCGCUGGCCGACCUGCUGCUGGCCGACGCGCAGCACCUGCAGCAGAACGCGCACACGCAGCACGUCUACGAGAACAUGCGCCGCGAACUCAUCCAGCCCUACAUUGAAGAAGGUCAAACUGAACGCGCGGCUGCCCUAGCGGAGAAGUUCAAGGACUUUGAGUUGCUUAUCGAAAUGUGCGUCAAGAAAAAUGAUAUGGACAAGUUAUAUAAUUACAUCGACAAGUACGCCAGUGAGGGCAUAGCAGAAGCGACAUUCGCGUGGCUGACAGAGCACGGCGGCCCAACUUCGGCGCAGCUCAUCCGUUCUGUAGGAUCGCGCUACCCCUCGCGCCUCUCGGCCUGGCUGGCGUCUGCUGCGCAGAGGGAGCCGCUGCUGGCCUUGCAUCACUUGGCGGCCAGAGAGUACCGCCAGGCUGCCAGCACCCUGGCUAACCUGGCUUGCGAGGAAACCGAAUCCGUUAAUCGGAUGACUACGAUGGCUUCACUGGCUAAGCUGUGCCUCCUUGCUUCCGAAGAUACAGAUUCUCAAUCUUCAGAUGUAUGGCGUAAGAUCGAAUCUCGAUUAUCACUGGGAGAACAGCAUUCAGCGCUGCCUAGAGAUUUGAGAAUCCAUCACGGAAUGGAUAGUGAAGAUACCAGGGUUAUAAAUCCUGAAGAGUUGGUGCAGAUGUAUAUUGAGUCUGAAAGCAAAUCAUUGACGGAGUACGAUUACAAGAAAGCACUAGACCUCACCGAUUUCAUACAAGACAUGGAGCGGCGCGAUGACCUUCGAUUGCGGGUAUACUGCGGGUCAAAAUCGAUUAUAUUCAUAUAUGUAGAUAAUAUUCGUGUACAAAAAAAGUUCGUGCAAUAUGAAAAUAAAGCAUUGUCGAUCAGGAGCGCAGCAGUGGGCUCGUCCAAGUGCAAUGGGAUGCGUCGAGAGAGGCGACACGAACUCCAAGCAUGGCUUGCCACCGCGAUUGCGCUCUCGCUGGCACCAUUGACAACGGCUGAUGUCAUCUUCCGGGUUCCUGAAGUCCUGGUCCGUCAUGCAGCGGUACCACGAGCCGUCGGCACCGGUCGCGCGAACACCGCCUCUUCAAACUCAACGGCGGCGGCAGCUGUCGCCAAACCGAAUGACCACGAUUCUUGGAAUUCGGACGAUGGACGGCUGGACCUCAAAUAUGAGGAAUACUUCGUCGAGCAUGAAAUUUCUGCCGUUGAUGCUCGGAAAGCGGCAUUGCAGUUGAAUUUGGAUGAUAGCACAUUAAUAAUAGUAGUGCACUUCUGA